UGACAAUUUGAGCAGCAUGAACUUCCUCUUUUCGAUUCGUUCGCGUUUGCGUGAAUUUGUCAAAAAAUUCAACAAAAUAAAUCUUAGCCAUGGUGCGAAUGAACGUAUUGGCUGAUGCCUUAAAAUGCAUUAACAACGCUGAGAAGCGUGGCAAGCGUCAGGUUCUCCUGCGACCCUGCUCCAAAGUUAUCAUUAAAUUCCUUACCGUCAUGAUGAAGCACGGCUAUAUUGGGGAAUUCGAGAUUGUCGAUGAUCAUCGAUCCGGCAAAAUUGUGGUAAAUCUAACCGGUCGUUUGAACAAGUGCGGUGUCAUCUCACCGCGUUUCGAUGUGCCGAUCAACGAUAUUGAGAAGUGGACCAACAACUUGUUGCCUUCUCGUCAAUUCGGCUAUGUUGUGCUGACUACCUCCGGUGGUAUCAUGGACCAUGAAGAGGCCAGACGGAAACAUUUGGGAGGCAAAAUUCUUGGAUUCUUCUUCUAAGCGGGAUAAGGGGUGUUUACACGUUUGUGAGUGUAUUUAAGCUAAUACAGCUGACUUCAAAUUUAUAUUAUUUUAUACAAAAAUAUAAAGAUAAUAGCCACUAAAAGUACUGCUGGAAUUGUGCGUGGAGGAGAAUAAAGAAAAAAAAUGAGAUAAAACGCUUUUAA